UAGAGAUUGAUUUUCAUGGAGUUUUCUCUCUUGUAGGAAAAAAAACAGUUUUUUUUUUGUUGUGAUUUUUUUUUUUAACAAAUGCACUUUCAGUUCCAACCUAAAGUUGGGGUGGAACUUGCUGGGUUUGCUUCGAUUUAUCAAGACAAGUGGGCAAAACAGCAAGAAGAUAAUAGUUUCAACGACCAAGAACCAACUUCUGUUCUUCAUAUGAGAAGCCAAAGUCCACUCACAUCAGCAUCAACUCUUUCUUCUUUCAACGGCGGAUCCGGGGCGGCGGUAGCGGCGGUAAUUUCACUACUACCACCAUUGUACCACCUGAAAGCACCCAACUUGAGUUUCAACCGAUCCAAAGUGAACUAGACCUUGUUACAACAGGACCUGUUGGUGUUCAAAGAUGUAACAAUCUUGGUAUAGAAGAUUGGGAAGCUAUGUUAUUCGAGUCAACUGUGUCACCGAGUCAAGACCAAAACUCACUCCUCCGUUGGAUCGCCGGUGAUGUUGAUGAACAUGGCCUUAAACAACUUCUUCAAACUGGUCCUGAUUUUAUUCCCGGGCUUGACCCGAUGGAUCCUGGUAAUUUGGGUUAUUUUCCUCAAAAUCCAAUCUUUACUUCUCCACCUGAAAGUAUUGGCCUUUAUCAACAACUUGAAAACCAGGAAAUGAAACCCCAGAUUCUAAAUCCCCCAAAUCCCAACUUUUUCUUACCAUUUCCACAAGAACAACAACCAUUACCAAAGAGACUCAAUCAUGGUCAGAUCCCAAAGCUACCAUUCUCAGACCAUGAGUUGUUUAUCAAAAAACAACAGCUUGUUGGGUUUCAAGAACAGAAGCCAUUAAUGGUGUCUCAACAACAACAAGCAGCCACAUUGUUGGACCAGCUUUGUAAAGUAGCAGAGAUGGUAGAGACUGGGAAUUUCUCACACGCGCAAGGGAUAUUGGCGCGGCUCAAUCACUUGUCUCCAGUAGGCAAAACAUUUCAACGGAUUGGUUUUUACUUCAAGGAGGCAUUACAAUUACUACUCUUCAUGUAUAACAAUACCCCAGUCUCGAAAAAUCCGACACCUUUUGAUGUUAUCUUCAAAAUGGGAGCUUACAAGGUCUUUUCCGAGGUUUCGCCGUUCGUUCAGUUUGUUAACUUUACGAGUAACCAAGCUUUCCUUGAAGCACUCGAGGAUUCCGACCGAAUCCACAUUGUGGAUUUCGAUAUUGGUUUUGGUGCUCAAUGGGCUUCUUUUAUGCAGGAACUUCCUAUGAGGAGUAAAGGAGUUGUUCCUUCAUUGAGAAUUACAGCUUUUGUUUCCCUUUCGACAUACCAUCCUAUCGAACUCAGUCUUAUAAGGGAGAAUCUUGAACAAUUCGCUAAUGGAAUCGGUGUAAAUUUCGAGCUUGAGGUACUUAACUUUGAUUCUUUAGAUCAAAACCCUUAUUCAUUGCCUAUGUUUCGAAUGAAUGAAAACGAGGCGCUUGCUGUGAACUUUCCCGUUUGGUCUGCUUCGUAUCGACCUUCUAUUUUGCCUAAUCUGUUACGGAUUGUGAAGCAGCUUAGACCGAAAAUUGUGGUGUCUUUAGACCGAGGGUGUGAUAGGAAUGAUCUGUCAUUCCCACAACAUAUAAUCAAUGCAUUUUAUUCAUAUAUAAGCCUGUUGGAAUCACUUGAUGCAGCCGUUAACGUAAAUUCCGACGCCAUAAACAAGAUCGAGAGGUUCCUUAUUGUGCCUAAAAUUGAAACCACAGUUUUGGGUCGUUUGCAUUCACUCGAGAAAAUGCCACCAUGGAAGACUCUGUUUGCUUCAGCUGGUUUCACCCCUUUAACGUUCAGUAACUUCACCGAAACACAAGCGGAAUGCGUCGUGAAAAGGGCUCAGGUUCGAGGUUUUCAUAUCCAAAAAUGCCAUGCUUCACUUGUUCUUUGUUGGCAACAAAAGGAACUUAUCUCAGCUUCAGCUUGGAGGUGUUGAGGAACAACAGCAUCGGAACCAGCAGGGGAGGUUCGUUUUUUUUUAAUUUAGCAACUCACAAUCUUUAUAUCGUCUCUAGCUCGUAGUGCGAAUUUAACUCGAAUAUCAUUUACUAAACUAUGCUAUGCUUUUUUUUUAUGACUUGAUCAAUACAAUGUGACUUGCCUUUGCUUGUGAGUGUCUCUCCUCUGCUGUUUAUGGACACAUUGAUAUUGCUGUUAUGGUAUUUAUGGUGUCUUCUUUUUCCAUUUUGUUUCGGAUUUUUCGGUGAGAAAAGCUGUAUUUUCUUCUGGUUUAAAGGUGGUGAAUGGUGAUGAAUUGUUGUAUGUUUGACGAGCAAAAAUGAAUGUUGAAAUUGCAAAUACAACUUACUAGAAUUUUAGUGUUUUUUUAAA